AUGUCGACAUCGUUCACUAAACCAUCUGGACCCGCUCGCAUUAUGGUAUGGAGCACACCGAGGUCGGUGUCGACCGCGCUAGCGAGGUCGAUGUCGGCCAGGGGUGACACGGAAAUGUUCUGGGAGCCGUAUCUGACCUGUUACAAUUUUGGUCCAAAGCAGAAUGCUAGAAGAUUCCUCAAAACACCUGAUGAAGAAAGCAUGUUUGAUGCUAAAUACACCUACAGCUACAUCAGCGGCCUUCUCAACAACGAAUACCCCGGAGCCAAAGUCAUAUUCGCCAAGUGUAUGGUAGAAGGGAUUAGGGAUGAUUUCAGUGUCGUAGAACGAAACUUCAAGCACUCCUUUCUCAUCCGACAUCCGAAAAAGGCCUUCCGAUCGAUGACCAGACUUAUGAAAUCGGUCUCACUGGAUCAGAAUCUUGUUGAACACCCUUAUGUAAAUAUUUAUGACGAUCUGGAGCGUUUCUACCGCUACGUCGAAUCCGCGCUUGAUCAACCGGCACCUCCCAUCAUCGAUGCCGACGACCUGGUCAGCCAGCCGGAAAAGCUGCUGUCGAAAUACUGCGACUCCAUGGGCAUCGCGUACACGCCCAAGAUGCUGGAAUGGGAGAGUGUUGAUGCGAGCCAGCUUAACUGGCACUGUGCAGACGCAGGUGCCAUGGCGCAUGCGCAGAUCAGUCAAAGCUUGCUUUUGUCCAAUGCGCUGAAAGGGGUAGGGUUCGGCAAAGCGCCCGACCUCACGGGGGACGACGUCGAAAUCCCUCCCCAUUUGGAAGAGAUUAUUGAAAAUUCAUUACCAGCUUAUGAGAAGCUGUAUGCUCUGCGCAUUAAACCUUAGAGUGGUUCAAACAAAUCAGGGUUCCGUAACCAUGGUAACGCAAAGGUAAGGGAUUAAUCGCUAUGCCUAUCAAGAUCAUCGUUGCAUGGCGCAUUUCGCUCUGCAGACUGGCUAUGAACCAAUCAGAAAUGUUCUUUUAAUUGGGGACCAGGUCCCGGUCUUACAAGAGUUAUGAUUGAUCCGAUCAAACUCAACUCUAUGGAAAUCCAUCAAUUUAUCAUCUUCUUUUUUUUACAGAAAAUUUGAGCAAUUUGAUUUGCAGACAGAGAGAAGCACACUGAAGUUUCAAGAAAACUGAAUAUAUAAUUAAAUCAUACAUCAUAUCUUUAAAAAGCCGUUUUGAAUAAACAUUCACUUUAGA